AUGGAAAAGAGGGCACAAAGAUUCAAAGAGGAAGAAGAGUCGGAUGACGACAUGCCGCUGAGCGUGCAAGUCAAAGCCUCCGACUCGGAUUCUGACUCGGACGUGCCCAUGUCCCAGCAAGCGGCAAGUUCACGGCGGACACGUCCUGUAAACUAUAAUGAAAGUGAGGACGAAGAAGACGAGGAAGAGGAUGAAGACGACGAGGACGAGGACGAUGAUAAGCCCUUGGCCGGCACGAAGCGCAAGCGUACGUCCAAAGCCAAGUCGUCAGAGCAGCAGACCAAAGCGGAUAUUGAGGGCGGGGGUGAGCCACGGUGGGUGACAUUGAUCCACAAGGGCCCCAAAUUCCCUGAGCCAUAUUCCCCCCUACCCAAAGAAAUUAAAUUGAAGUACGACGGUCAUCCUGUCCCUUUGCCGCCGGAAUCGGAAGAGGUGGCCAUGUUCUACGCUGUUAAGCUUGAAACCCAACAUGCUACGAAUCCGAUCUUUAACAAGAACUUCUUCGAAGAUUUCCAAAUGUACCUGAAAAAAUAUCCACCUCUGGACGGUACGCGAAUCAAUAAAUUUGAGAAGCUGGACUUUCGGGAUAUGUACAACUACUGGAAAUCGCUCAAAGAUGCAGAGGCAGAGAGAAAGAAAAGUAUGGCUCCAUCUGCACGCAAAGCCGAGAUUGCAGCACGGAAAGCCAUCGAAAACGAAUACAAAUCGUGCCUCGUGGAUGGUGUAGAGCAAAAAGCCGGCAAUGUUACCGUGGAGCCACCAGGUCUGUUCUUGGGGCGUGGUGCGCAUCCCAAAGCCGGUCGUGUCAAAACACGUAUUUUGCCAGAGCAGAUCACCAUCAACCACAGUGCGGACCACCCUCCGCCAGCUCCGCCGGCGGGGCACAAGUGGGGAGAGGUUGUGGAAAGAAAGGAUGUCACUUGGCUCGCGCUCUGGCGUGAAAAUAUCAACGGCAGUUUUAAGUAUGUGUUCUUGGAUGCCUCGAGUACCUUUAAGACCGAAUCCGAUCGCGAAAAGUUCGAAAAGGCGCGUCGUCUGGAUGCGUGCGUAAAGCAGGUCCGUGCGGAUGUAUUGAAAAAUCUCAAGUCCAAAGACCGUGUUGAGCAGAUGGUUGCUACUAUCGUCUGGCUUAUUGAUAACUUCUCGUUACGUGCCGGUAACGAAAAAGGCGAGGACGAGGCGGAGACAUUUGGCGUGUGCUCUCUGCGAUGUGGGCAUGCGACGCUCGUCCCGCCCAAUAAGCUGAACCUGUCUUUCCUUGGUAAGGACUCGAUGAAGUUCGAUGAGACAUUGACGAUUUCCAACCAUGAUGUCUACAAAAAUAUCGGCACAUUCCUUACCACGGACGGCACCAAAGUGAAUGGCCGUCUCAUGAAAAAAGGGCCUGAUGAUCCUAUAUUUGCUGCGCCGAAAGUGCGCGGUGACAAACUCACUCCGCUCGCGCCCGAUGUGGUGAAUCAGUUUCUGGGCACAUACAUGAAAGGCCUCAGUGCCAAGGUUUUCCGUACAUACAAUGCCUCUGCCACCUUCCAGGGACUGCUCGACCAAACUGAGGAGUGGCUGGUUUCUCGGCCUACGCCGCAAGAACGUGAGAUCAAUCCAGCCAAUUUGCGCAUCGCCUACAAUGAAGCGAAUCGGCAAGUGGCCAUUCUAUGCAACCAUCAAAAGACGGUGAAUCACAUCACGCUGAACAAGUCAUUGGAACGCACGCGCGAGAAAAUUUUUGCGCUCAAGUAUGACAUUAUGAAGGAGCAACAAAAGCUACUUACCUUCCACAAGGCAUCUGAUUUGAAGAAAGAAUACCUUCCCAAGGAUCACGACUUUGCAAAGCACUGGGCCUUGAUCCUGACUGAGCCAGAUCUCGACAAAUCCCGGAUCCAAGAGCAUGAAGAGGCUUUGAUCACUGCCAAGAAAGCCCGUCUUCAAGCAGCAUUUGACCGCCAAGAGUCAGAACGUUUGUAUCAAGAAGAACAACGCAAGGCUGCUCAAGGUAAAGUGAAGAAAGAGGAGGUCGCCGAUAUCAAGCCCAGCAAAAUUGCGACCAAAGCCGACUUGCACGCGGAGCUGAAAAAGCUCGAUGCACAGCUGCAAGUGCUAGAGCGCGAACGUAAGAAGAACAAAAGUGAGGCAGCUUCCUGCAAUGUGGCUUCCUGUGCACGACGUAUUCUGGGCAAGUACGAAGCCAUUAAAAAGCAAGAAGCCGAGUUGUUAAACAAAAACAAUACGAGCGAUGUCUCGCUAGGUACCUCGAAGAUGAACUACAUUGAUCCACGCAUUACUGUUGCCUGGCUGAAAAAAUGGGAUAUGCGCCUUCAAUCACAACAGCCUGCCAAGCCUCCCAAAGGGAAGGGUGCGGAGAAAAAUGGCAAGGUCAAGAAGGAAGGGCCUGUGGACCCUGCCACGAGUGAAAAGAUGGAGUUGAACUUGCAAGUAAUGAACAUUGGCCAGUUCUUCCCGAUGACACUGCAAAAGAAGUUUAAAUGGGCAUCGUUUGAUGACGAUGGAAAGCCUCUUCCUGCCAAGUGGUCAUUUGUGAAGGAUGCACAGAAGAAAAUGCGCAAACUAGGUAGUGCAGAGAGGAACUAA